ACACCAUGUCGCAAGAUAAAGUGACCAGAAUAGUCAAGGAGAUAAACACCUUGAAGACGAGCUGCGAGAAGCUGAACGCCCAGCUGGAGGAACUGAUCACGCAGAAGGUGGAAAAUGAAAUUCUCCUGGAGGAGGUUAAAAACUUGGAGGACGAUGCCGUGUUGCACAAGCUGGUCGGGUUGAUUUUAGUUCGCGAGGAAAAAAACAAAUGCUACGACACCAUCACUCGGAGGAUUCACUACAUCACGGGGGAGAUCGAAAGCAGGAAGAAGGUCAUCAGCAACUCGGAGGAGAAACUGAAGAAGCUCUUUAGCGACCUGGAAGUGCACACCAACCAAAGAAAAGUAGCCAUCCCGCAGUCAUAAGAUGGAGGGUAAAAAAAAAAAAUUCCGCAGACAUGCCGAUGGUGAAACAAAUGGGAGGGGAGUUGCAUCUCCUGCAGCGGGGGUCCGGUCCUCUCUUCCUACGUGGAAUACACUUCCCCCCUUUUCAGUUUCUUCAUUUUUUCGUAAUCGAUAUUUUGCAUCUUGAAGGCGAAGCUGCGGAGGGGGGGGGAAGCGGCGUGCAUGUGAAGCGGAACGCGUGAGUGUGAACGUGGGUGUUCACACUGGCACGCACAGUGGUACGCAGAGCCGCAUCCCCGCUGCUUCCACAAGCAGGUCUGCGGGGAGGCGCGGCGCUCGUGGCCCACCUCAUCAUGUUGGCCUUGCGAGUGAAGUAGUGCAGCUUCUUCCAGUAGCCCCUUUUCUGGAAGGCCCGCUUCCUAUGCCGCUUGUCAUUUCUAACUUUAUUAAACAGCAACGUGGGGUUCUUCUCCUCCGUGCGCUGACCCUCCACUAAAAUGUUAAC